AUGGCAUGGUUCACGGAAUCCACAGCGCAGUCGUUCUCGCUCACGGUGCUUUCUGGUCUGGAGACAGACAAGCUGAGCUGUCCACGCGCUUUCUUUUUCGAGGUAUUUGCCGAUGCUGCUGCGGAUGUCGAUGCUGGCUGCGCAGCGCGUCUGACGCCGGAGACGUCGUCGGAAGUGGAGUCGGAGCUAGCGGAGCUAGUGCUGACGUCGCCACAGUUGGUGGAAUUGUCGGGGGUGCUGCUGGCGCUGGCACUGAUGCUGGCAGAGUCGUUGAUCGUUGCCUUGCACGUGGAGGCCCGAACGGCCACGAAGAAGAUUGCCGCAUCAUCUUGCCCCCAGUGCCCAGGGCGCACCGCCGAGGUCCGGUUCCAGUUCAAGCGACGAACUAGCCUCAUCUUUGCCCUGGGUGGCGCCCUGAGGGCGGCGCCCGGAGGCGUCGGACCGAUUUUCGGCGUGGCCCGGCGGCGCUCGCGAGCGUCGGCCGGCGUCGACGGCGCCGCCCUUCCGGCCCGGGAGUUACCCCGGAAGGCGGCCCAAAAGGUGGCCCGGAAGGUGUGCCUGCGUCUUGCCGGGCUCCCGUCCGCGCUGCUGGCCGCCGCGGCGGCUUGCGGCAGUUCGGGCGACGAGGGGGGCCCCGUGGAGGCGCCUCGGCUCCGACUGCAUCCUCACGUCAUGGCGGCGACCUACAGGCGCGGCGCAGAGUACCAUUGCCACAAGGACAGCUACCACGGGAAGGACAACCUGCGGAUGCUGACGAUACUGCUCUACCUCAACCGAGACUGGAGGCCCGGCGACGACGGGGAGCUCCGGCUGUUUGCGCAGCGCCCGGGCGAGGACGCCGCGGACGAGAGCCGCUUUGUCGACGUGGCGCCGCGGUGCGGCCGCCUCGUGAUGUUCCGCUCGCGCGAGGUCUGGCACGCCGUACGCGAGCCCAGGGAAGAACGCUGGGCUCUCACGCUGUGGGUGAUGGCCGAGUGA